AAUCAUAGGAAUUUUAUAUUAUGUGUUGUAAAGUUAUAGCUACAAAAAAGGUUAUAUAUGGGAAUGGUUUUCUGGUGUAAAUAAGGAGGCAAUUUAGAAGCAGCCUCUUUUUGAUGAAAUGUCUUAGCGCCAAAGAAACCAAAACAUUAAACAGACUCACAUUAGUAACCAUUUGAAAGUAAAUUACAAGAUCGGGGAAGCAAGUGAUGAACUUACUAGUAUGGUUACCCUCCUGCCAAUGAAGUAGUCAUACUGCUGUGUACAUAAGUUUGCCCUAAACUGUAUGGUUUUUGCUGAUAGAGUCACAAACUGCUUGUUUUGUGGAGCUAACCAUGAUACUCAAGAAGAGCCUGUUACCAUCGAAUAUGUUACAAUCUUUGAAGAAAAUGUUAAAACCUUUGAAAACAACAUGGUGAUGUUUUGUUGAGAAUCAUGGAGUAUGAGACAGAUGAUAGACCAAAACAUAAAUCCUUCAGCACAGAGGAGAAGAUGUGCCUGGAGGAAAUAUGCACAUCAAAUGGACUUGAUUUCUCAGAGAAAACAAUUUAUAAACAUAUCCAUGAAGUUGAGCUUUUCUUAAAUGGAAUUUCAGCAGUCCCUCCUAUGAGACAGUUUCCUGCCCUGAAGAUUUUCUGUUUGAUUGGGCAUCAGAUAUCUAAGAUUGAACAUUUAGAGCCAUUAGUCAAUCUAGAAGAGCUUUGGAUUUGUGAAUGUAGCAUAAAGGUUUUGGAAAGUCUGGACAGGAACAGGCAUUUGAAGAAACUUUACUUGUAUGAUAACGAAAUAGAGAAGAUUGAAAACAUUUCACAUUUGAAGAGUCUUGAACUUCUUUGGCUCAAUGGAAACAAGAUUGAAAAAAUUGAGGGUAUCAAUACAAUGGAAAGCCUAAAGGAACUGAAUCUCAGUGAAAAUUUGAUCACAAAAAUAGGUCGUUCCCUAGAAAGCAAUCAAAUGAUCGAAAUCUUAAACCUAUCUGGAAAUCCAAUUUGUUCAGUAAAGGACAUCACAAACUUGAGUUACCUUCCAAAGCUAAGAUCGCUGAGUUUCAAAGACCCUUUAUAUACACCAAGUCCUGUUGGUCUUCUCUGCAAUUAUGCUCUUCACGUGCUAUAUCAUCUCCCAGCUCUUAAUACUCUAGAUUCCCUUGAUGUUUCUGUUAGAUCACUGAAGGAGAUGUCAGAGAUGACGGUUUCAAAGAAGAUUAUGUUUUACAAGAUGAAACUUAAAACACUGGAACGAGAGUACAAUGAAACAAAAAAGAAACUGGAAGAUACGAAAAUGAAAUUGCAAACUGUGUCUUUUGGCAUACAGAAGAAGCUUUGGUUUGCAGUAAAAGAGGUUGAACGGGAACUUGAAGAGCUGAACGUGCCUUCGAAAGCCAUGAGUUUUGCUGUUUGUGAAACUAAAGAGAGAAAGUCCGAUUGCCCUGAAGCAGACAAGAAUUCGAGUCGGGACGAUUACUCGGAAGAUAAUGACGUGGAUCCUGCAGGAUACGAUUCCGAGGAAUCAUCAAGUGAGGACGAGCUGGAGGAGCUUCUUGAACGUGUCAAUGCAAGGAGAGACAAGCUGAAGACAAAACUGCAGACGUUGCUAGAGCGAAUUGCAUUUUGGGAUAAACGAGAUGAAAGCCUUGACCAGUCAUACAAGGAGGUUUGUCUGCAAGCAAGGCAUUUUGUUGAUCAGCAAAUUGCGCGGAUUGUAAUGGAAUUAGAGACUGCAGGCAAUGUCAGGUUUGAAGAAGGAAGUUCAGCCGAUCCUUGGUACAAAGCUGUUCAUGAUGUGUUCAUGUCUCGGUUCACGGAGCUAGAUUAUAGAGAGCUUCCUAUAACGUCGGUCAAGAUUCACCAGAUCCUACGAAUAUAUAACAGAAACCUUCACAUGAGGUUUGACAGCAAGCUAGAGCAAAUAACAGAUAAAGAGGAGAGCGUUUUGAGUAUAAGAGAUGAAAACAGGGAGAUGGAUUACCUUUUCAACGUUUGGGAUCACUCUCAUGCUGACAACAGUAAAGACCUUUUGGACAAAAUCGAGAAUGGAUACGAAUAUAAUUCCAACGCUGCUGUCCACCUCACCAACAGUCUGGGUGUGGCUGAUAAAUCGAGAAUCAAAUACAUUUUGAAAAAAAACUCAGAUAAAGAUGCUGAAAAACAAGACUUUCGAUACGGUCGAAUCCUGGUGUGCAAAACAUUCCUUGGAAAAACGUGUAAGGUGACCAAAAGUGACAAAAAAAUCAACAAGCAACAAUAUCAGAAUUACGACACUGCCUACCAGACAAGAAGACACGCCAUAUGUCCGACCAAAGCCAGAAGUAAGAGCACUGUUGGAAUAGCUGAGCUCUGUGAUUGCACGCUGCGGAGGUGCACUUGGCACGUGUUUAACGCUGAGCUGGUGCUUCCAGAAUAUAUGGUCGAGUUCGAAUAUGUUACGAGGAAUGCAGAACCAUUGCAAGCAAAGCUAAGUGAAAUCUUGCUAGAAGGCAGCAAAGCAAACUCAGCCAAUCCGCUGAUCGAAAAUGCUACUGCAACGGACGAAAAACACGCAGACAUGGACCAGAAUAUCAUAAACAUGGACCCAAUGGUUAAAACUAGGCCUAGGUAUCACUCAUUUUUUUAUGAUUUCAAUGUAGCUCAUAGCAUUUUAAAACUCUUUCUUCACGGUUUAAAUUCCAACGCUGCUGUCCACCUCACCAACAGUCUGGGUGUGGCUGAUAAAUCGAGAAUCAAAUACAUUUUGAAAAAAAACUCAGAUAAAGAUGCUGAAAAACAAGACUUUCGAUACGGUCGAAUCCUGGUGUGCAAAACAUUCCUUGGAAAAACGUGUAAGGUGACCAAAAGUGACAAAAAAAUCAACAAGCAACAAUAUCAGAAUUACGACACUGCCUACCAGACAAGAAGACACGCCAUAUGUCCGACCAAAGCCAGAAGUAAGAGCACUGUUGGAAUAGCUGAGCUCUGUGAUUGCACGCUGCGGAGGUGCACUUGGCACGUGUUUAACGCUGAGCUGGUGCUUCCAGAAUAUAUGGUCGAGUUCGAAUAUGUUACGAGGAAUGCAGAACCAUUGCAAGCAAAGCUAAGUGAAAUCUUGCUAGAAGGCAGCAAAGCAAACUCAGCCAAUCCGCUGAUCGAAAAUGCUACUGCAACGGACGAAAAACACGCAGACAUGGACCAGAAUAUCAUAAACAUGGACCCAAUGGUUAAAACUAGGCCUAGGUUAACCAUUCUUACCGAAGAUCUUCUACUGAAGCAUACUGGGGCUUCGUAUAUUAGCAGGAUCUCUACUCUAAACCUUAAUGGGAGUGGCUUAACCAAACUGAAGCUUUUAUCCACACUUUCAAAUCUGAAGAAAUUGAUUGUCAGUUUCAACGAUCUUACAUCACUUCAAGAUCUCUCUGGAAUGAGCAAUCUAGAAUACUUGGACGCUAGUUUCAACAAGAUAUCAUCAGUUGAUGGAUUUAAGGGAUGCAUUCACCUUGCUCAUCUAGAUCUAAGUUGGAAUCGACUGCACUACACCCGUGAAGAAGUUGGUUUGAUUAGAAAAUACCUGCCAGCAAUAAAAACAUUGAAUUUGAAACACAAUCCGUUUUUAAAGCCCGAAACUCUACGACUGAGAUGCAUAGGUAGAUUGCGAAAUCUGAUAACGCUUGAUAACGAAGAGGUAGCUGAGGAGGAGACAACAUUAGCAAUCAGAAUGGCAGCCUGCUCUCGAAUCGCUUACGUCACUGUUCUCGCCCAUUCAAGGACAGAUGUGUGCAAACCCCGAACCCUAAGCUUGGAAUCCACCUGCAGUGUUAUUAUGGCAAGGAGUAAACACAAACCAGUAAAACUCUACGAAGACGAUAAAAAAUGGUUUUACAAGGUCACAUGUUUGCAAUUGGAUAACCAACAUUUGAGCAAAAUUUCAAAUUUAGAGCAUCUGGAUAAUUUGAAAUUUGUUUCUUUUAAUGAUAACGACAUCACAAAGAUAGAGGGCCUAGAGAGUUGUCCGCGAAUCGAAGAACUAUCUCUAGCUGGCAACUGCAUUUCAAAGUUGGAAGGCAUUGAUCAUCUGCUAAAGCUGAAAUCUCUAAACUUGGAUAACAACAAUCUGAUGUCGAUUGAUGCCACAAAUUUUGAAAAACUGAGCGAACUCAGACAUCUGUCUCUUGAGAAUAAUUCCAUUGCACGAAUCAAAGGCCUUCAGAAAGCAGUGUCCCUCUAUGAUCUUUUCAUUGGUAACAACAAAAUUACAAACAUGCGUGAAAUAUUCCAUUUAAAAAAUAUCCAGAGCCUGGCUAUCCUCGACCUAAUCGGUAACCCGAUAACAGGCGAGUCUUCAGAUUACCGAAUUUUCAUCAUAUACCACAUCCAGUCUCUGAGGGCAUUGGAUGGUAAGGCGAUUGAUCAAAUGGAAGAGACGAUUGCUAAGGAUACGUAUGGCGGUCGUUUGACGCAGGACUUCGUAGCUGAAAGACUCGGUCAUUCAAACUUUGUUGAAGUUUGUGAGCUUGACUUGCCCAGUCAAGGACUUAGAAGCAUCGACCUUGGAAAUGGGGAGUCUUUCAGCUAUUUAACAAGCGUUAAUUUGGAGCAUAACAGUUUAACAAACUUUGGAGGACUCAUUCACCUUUCCAAUUUAAAGGUUUUGUGCCUCAAUUUCAAUCACAUAGAAAGUAUCAUAGGGAAGGCCAAGGGACCUCAGGUGCCAAGCAGCCCUUCUCACAGCAAGGUUAUAAGCGAGCUCACCAGCCAAGAAUACAACACUCCUGUGUUGGAUACUUUGGAAGUACUCCAUUUAGGGUUUAACGGAAUAAGCAGUAUACCAACUCUUCAGCUUGGCAGACUAAGAAACUUGAAGACACUCUUUCUACAAGGAAAUGAUAUCACAAAGGUAGAUGGCAUUGAAGGACUUACAGAACUGCGCGAACUUGUCCUUGAUAAAAACAAAAUAAAGAACUUUGGAGAAUAUUCUUUCGCAAGCCAAUGGAAGCUUACAGAACUGCACUGCGAGGAAAACAGGCUUCGAGAACUCGCGAAUUUGGAGCAUCUUUCAAAUCUGCAGAGGCUGUUCAUCGGUCUUAACAGAAUACAGGAAAGUGCGGAAAUUGAGCGACUGGAAAGACUGUCAAAUCUCAUUGAGCUGUCCGUCAUAGGCAACCCAGUUUCUCGUCGCUUGAUGCACCGACCGAUGCUCGUGUUUCGCCAGCCGAAUCUUAUCAGCAUUGAUGGUAUGCCGGUUACAAAUGAAGAACGAACGAAGGCUGAGCUUUACUUCUUGGAGCAACAGGGCGGCGUUCAACUGUUGCAAACACUAGCUGGCGCUGCUAAUGUCUCCCUACCGGGAAUCAACGCUGCCUCAACAAAAUCAACCGGACAGGUUCCCUUGAAGGUUACCCAAGUUCAGCUGAGUGGAAAUAACCCAGAUUUAGCGUAUCAGCUCGGGCAGCGAAUUUACAGUCUUGAUCGAUUACAAAACACCACCCCUCCACCCUACCUUGGUAGUGAUAAUUGUGAUUACAGCAAAGGACAAAAGAGCGGUCGCAGAAACCAGGCGAAUGGUAGUCGGAAGUCGGGCGGUCGUCAGGACAACAGUAACCAAGAAAAGUCGAGUUCAAAAAGAUAACCAUGAAAAGAAAUCUAAUCCUAAAGACGUUUUAACAUUUCAAUGAGUGUAACAUUUUAUUCUUUUGUAAAUAUUUUAUGUAAGGGUUGUAAACUAAUUUAUCUGUCCAUGGGUUUGGGAUGAAAUUUAUCUAUUAUAAAAGGUAAAUAAUCUUAAGUGGAUUUAAUCUUUUUCUCUAAAGAUUUUGGCUGGUCGUAUUGCGAUAAGCCGUUUUUCUGGUCAGAAUUGUUUACAAUAAUUUACCUGAUCGGAGUUUUGUGCUUUUGCGUGUUCAAGAUUUUUCCAGUCUUGACGAAUUUUGAAGUAUAUCUUGAGAUGUUGAAUUUUAGCGUUAAUUUUGUGCGUUGAAUUAAAACAAUAUAUUUAGACGUUAAAUUUCGACAUUAUUUUUGGACCUUAAAUUUCGACAUUUUUUUGGACCUUAAAUUUCGACGUUAUUUCUGGAUCCUAAAUUUCGACGUUAUUUUUGGACGUUAAAUUUCGAAGUUUUUUUGGAAGGUCAAAUUUCGACCUUUCUUUGGAUCUUAUGCCUCGUAGUCAAAUCAGCGAAAACAUCCUAGCCUCGCAUUCAUGAUUUAUUGCCCUUUCGCUGAUAUAGAAGUUCUUUAUCAUUGGCCCUUUUCGUUUUGAGGAAAGACUACUGAAGGUUUUCACGGAGGGAAUAAUAUAUGAUUUUUCAGUUUAUCUAGCCUUUGUUAUGUUAUUUGACUAGUCGGAUUCAUUUUUCACCAAGCUAAACGCUUAAAGUAUACUGAACUUGUAGCAUAAUUAAGCUAGUAAAACAUUAUAACUUGGUGUUCUUUUUAGGGCAAAUGGUAAAAAUAUUACUUUAAUUUUUGGAUUAGUACCCUAUUUUCUCGAAAAAUCAAAAUUUGCUUAAAAAUCUACCUCAGCCUAUUGAAUUUGCCUAUGGUAACGCUGACGUUAAGCUUGGCAGUAUAAGUUGUUAUUUAGCUUGUUUAAGCGGUAUAACCUGAUAUUCAAGACAGUGUUGAUAAUUUCUCUAUUCCAAACUUCGCCCGUUCAAACCGCAGGCAGUAAAUGUCACUGGCGAUUUCGUUACCUCCCAUCGUGUCAUGAAUAUUUCAUGUUUCAUUUUAUAAGCGGGUUUCAGUUUUUAUGGAUGUAUACAAACUGAGAAAUAUUUUCCGCGGGCAUUCAUAGUGUUGUAUUCGUAUUAAAAAUCAGAAUUUGGAGACUCAAAUAAGAGUAUCUUGAGCAAAGAAUCCCGUGAAACUCUAAUCAAUGUGCUAUACCAACGGUAGAGAAUAUACCGUGAAUAAACGCCGUGACCCAAUGCUUUCCGAGUCAAUACCAACGCAACCUGCCUAAGUUUUUCAGAUCGCCAAAGCUCAUAGCAGCCGUCACAUUUCAUAACAUGUUUAUCAAUUCCUUUAAGCUACACGAUUAAUAUUAACAUGAUAUACCGUCAAUUCUAAAACCUUCAUUGUGAUUUACUACAUUUAAUUGUUAAUAGCUGACGAAUCUUGCUUUUGUCAGUUUAAGUGUCAUGCUUCUCCAGUAUCCUGUUUCUGAUUCUCCGUGACUUGGCAUGAAAAGCAUUUGAUGUCUUCGUAAACGUUAUGGCUUUGACCUGACAUAACUUAUUACAAAAUUAAUGUUUUAAA